AUUGAGUAGUUCAGUAGUUAAGCAGUCGCUUGAAACUGGAAUUCGGCAUUCGGCUCAGUUUCUUUGUCUCUUGUUUUCCAGUUGUAGGUGGAGCCACAGUGCCAUGUAAUAUGAACCAUGCAGCCCAAGCAGUGACUCCUCAAGGGGAGUGGGGAAUGUUGUAGACGACACUUGAAACUUUUUUGCUGGUUGCACAGUACACAAUGCUGCAUUGCUCCGUACUUUAGUAAAGUUAUUUAACUCUCCACAAAGGCUGAUGCAGAUUGCCUGUAUCAUUUUAUGGCUGGACUUUCAAGAAAGCCUGAAGUUAAUCCUGAAAACUAUUUAAGUAACAAUGAGCAACUAACUUUAUUUAUUCUUCAAACUUUGGAUUGGGAAUUUAAAACCAAGGAUACGUCAUGUUUGUGAAUUUGCCUAAAAAAAACUAAUUGGAUUGCAAUCUUUUUAUUUAUUUUUAUAUAUUCACAUUGACCCAAAGGUGGCUCUUCAUGUUCCACAGACAGAAGAGCAAAGUGGUCUCGCCCUUUGGGUUAAUCAAGGUUUUUUCUCUUUUUCUCAAUGGGAUCGAAGGAGAUGUUUCCAUUUAGUUUUUUCUUAAUUGCUAAAUGAAUUUGAGAAGGACUGCACGGCGGCAGCGGCAGCAGCAGUAGGUUUUUAUUCGAUGUUUGCGUGCAGAGUGAACUCCACACACUCUCCCUCAAGGCAUUUUGCUUUGGAUCUCUCGAGCUUAAGGUUUAUGAGGAGGGGCCUCUGUUAUGGGGUGUUUUGUUUCUAUGGAAAACGAAAUGAAGUCUUUAGUUACUCAUGACGGAUAAAGCUACAUUACAUUGUCUUUGGAAAGGAGUCCUUGAACUGUUUACAUGCCUAUCAGGAAACAAAGCAAGCAAAAGUAAAGAAAUGAGUCGCCAGACUGCCACAGCACUCCCAACAGGUACGUCGAAGUGUGCUCCAUCACAGAGGGUGCCCGCGCUGCAGGGCACCACAGCUUCCAACAACGACUUGGCCAGUCUCUUUGAGUGUCCUGUCUGUUUUGACUAUGUACUGCCACCCAUUCUUCAGUGCCAGAGUGGGCAUCUGGUUUGCAGCAACUGUCGCCCGAAGCUCACGUGCUGUCCAACGUGUCGAGGCCCGUUGGGCUCCAUUCGGAACUUGGCUAUGGAAAAGGUGGCCAACUCUGUACUGUUUCCUUGUAAAUACGCCUCUUCAGGAUGUGAGAUAACGUUACCACACACGGAGAAAGCAGACCACGAAGAGCUUUGUGAGUUCAGGCCUUAUUCUUGCCCUUGUCCUGGAGCCUCGUGUAAAUGGCAGGGCUCCCUGGAUGCCGUCAUGCCCCAUUUGAUGCACCAACACAAGUCUAUAACAACGUUACAAGGGGAAGACAUUGUCUUUCUGGCCACAGACAUUAAUCUUCCAGGAGCAGUCGACUGGGUUAUGAUGCAGUCCUGUUUUGGGUUCCACUUUAUGUUGGUCUUGGAGAAGCAGGAAAAAUACGAUGGCCACCAGCAGUUCUUUGCUAUCGUCCAGUUGAUUGGAACACGCAAGCAGGCAGAAAACUUUGCCUACCGCCUCGAGCUGAAUGGUCAUCGGCGGCGGCUGACCUGGGAAGCAACGCCUCGCUCAAUCCAUGAGGGGAUCGCCACUGCGAUCAUGAACAGUGACUGUCUGGUUUUUGACACUAGCAUUGCGCAGCUUUUUGCAGAGAAUGGAAAUCUAGGCAUAAACGUUACAAUCUCAAUGUGUUGAUGCUGUGGAUGAAUGUUUGUUUGUUUUGAAGCAAUUCUAACGGUUCUAGUGUAUCACAUUUCAAGUAGAUUCGAGGAAAAGACAUUUAUUGACAUUCACUGCCAAGCGUAACCCCUGUUUUUGUAGAUGGAGGUUUGGGCUCAAGGUUUAAAAUGCUGGCUGCAUCUAGUAACACUAAUGUAAAAAACACCUUUUAUAUAAACCACUGAUACCUACCCCAAAUGGGCAACUUUUGUAAUAAAAUAAGUAAUAAAAAAAAAAAAACAUAAACAAAAGCUUGUAAAUUCUGAAUGAACUUCAGUGUUGUAGAUAGCAUUGUUUUAUUUUUGUUUUCCUUGACCAGCCAAGCUGGGCAGUACCAUUUCAAGUCGCUGUUCCUGUCUGGUAUGUCACACUACAUAGUAUUGCUGCUCUUUGUGUAUUUCUGUGUAUUGAUAUUUUUUAGUGACGUUUUAUUUGUUUUUCCAUUAAAUAAAUUUGAAUUUCUUUCA